ACAACACGUGCGGCGUGUUUAUUGGAAACAGUUUCUUGUAGUCUUUUUGUCCUUCUAGCAGCGAAAAUAUAUUUAUUUAAUAACAAUUCGAUAGAUUUACAAAAUGGCAAAGAAAACAAACAAAAGAAAAGUGUCGGCGACUGCUACAGAAAAGAAAAGGGAGGCACCCAUCCAUGAAAAGUAUGAAUCUGAUAGCAACAGUGAUGAAGACGAGGAACAGGAUUUGUUGCAAAAAGUCAACGAGGCAGAAGGUGACAACACAGAUGAUGAGGGCAUAGAUCAGAACUAUCUGUCCGACGAUAGUAUUUUGGAAUUCGAGAGUGAUGAUGAUGGCAACUACACCUCUAAAAAGUCCGCGAAGCAAACGGAGAAUGGCAAUGAAGAUAAAGAAGACGAUGAGGAUGAUGGUAAUGAGGAAGACGAUGAAGAAGACAGCAUUGAUGAGGCCGACAUUGAAGACAUUUCUGGCGAUGAGGAAGAUGAUGAUGACGAAGAGGAAGAUGAUGAUGAUGAUGACGAUCAAAGCAGUGACGAUGAAGUGGAAGCCAUCAAAGGCAAAACUAAAGCCAUUGAAGAAAAUAAACUGUUAACAAAAAAAGAAAAAACCAAACCACAAGCUUCCACCUCGAAGUCGGCAGACCCUGCCAAGGCCUUAAACGAUUUCAGUAAUGAAUUAAAAAAAGGCAAAAGGGGUAAAAUCUCGGGCACUGAUACAAAAACAUCAUACCAUGAAUAUGAAAAUUCCGAUACAUCUGAUGAAGAAGAUAUCCGCAACACAGUUGGUAACAUUCCCAUGCAUUGGUAUGAUGAUUACAAGCAUAUUGGCUAUGAUUGGGAUGCCAAAAAAAUUAUCAAACCACCCAAGGGGGAUCAAAUAGACGAUUUCUUGCGCAAAAUUGAAGAUCCUAACUUCUGGAGGACAGUUAAGGAUCCUCAAACUGGUCAAGAGGUGGUACUCACAGAUGCCGACAUUGAAUUGAUCAAACGUAUUAACUCGGGUCGCAUUCCCAAUCAAGACCACAAUGAGUAUGCUCCCUGGAUCGAAUGGUUUACUUCGGAGGUGGAAAAGAUGCCCAUAAAAAAUGUUCCCGACCACAAACGGUCGUUCCUUCCUUCCGUUUCCGAGAAAAAGAAGGUGGGACGCAUGGUGCAUGCCUUGAAAAUGGGAUGGAUGAAGACCAUGGAGGAGCUGGAGAAGGAGAAGAAAGCCAAGCGUGGACCAAAAUUCUAUAUGCUUUGGGAGACCGAUACCAGCCGCGAAGACAUGAGGCGCAUACAUGACCCAGUUUCGGCGCCUAAGCGUGAUUUGCCAGGCCAUGCCGAAUCAUAUAAUCCACCUCCCGAAUAUCUAUUCGAUGAGAAAGAGCAGAAGGAAUGGCUCAAACUUAAAGACGAACCCCACAAACGCAAGUUACACUUCAUGCCACAAAAAUAUCGUUCAUUGCGUGAGGUGCCCGCCUAUCCUCGUUAUUUGCGAGAACGUUUCUUGCGUUGCCUGGAUUUGUAUCUAUGCCCUAGGGCUAGGCGAGUUAAACUCAACAUUGAUGCCGAAUAUUUGAUACCGAAAUUGCCAUCACCCAAAGAUUUGCAACCAUUUCCCACUGUCGAGAGUUUGGUGUACAAAGGGCAUACCGACUUGGUGCGCUCUGUUAGUGUGGAACCCAAAGGGGAAUACAUUGUUUCGGGGUCAGAUGAUAAAACUGUCAAGAUUUGGGAAAUUGCCACUGGUCGCUGUAUUCGCACAAUUGAGACUGACGAUGUUGUCCGCUGUGUUGCCUGGUGUCCCAAUGCCAAGCUGUCUAUUAUUGCAGUGGCCUCUGGAAAUCGACUGUUGCUUAUAAAUCCCAAAGUUGGUGAUAAAAUGUUGGUGAAAAAAACCGAUGACCUACUAUCCGAGGAGCCUCAAAUAGACAGUUUGGAAAGUGAGAGAAUUAAAACGGCAGUUCAGUGGUCUAAAGCUGAGGCAGCUGAACAAGAAAAGGGCGUGCGGCUUGUCAUCACUCAUUUCAAACCCAUACGCCAGGUCACUUGGCAUGGUAGGGGUGAUUACGUAGCCACCGUGAUGCCAGAGGGAGCAAAUCGUUCAGCUUUGAUUCAUCAAUUGUCCAAGAGACGUUCACAAAUACCCUUUGCCAAAAGCAAAGGCCUAAUACAAUGUGUCUUGUUCCACCCCAUUAAGCCUUGUUUGUUUGUUGCGACUCAACACAAUAUUCGUAUCUAUGAUUUGGUGAAACAAGAGCUCAUCAAAAAACUGUUGACCAAUUCAAAAUGGAUUUCCGGCAUGGCUAUACAUCCAAAGGGUGACAAUUUGUUGGUGUCCACAUAUGACAAGAAAAUAUUGUGGUUUGAUUUGGAUCUCUCCACUAAACCCUAUCAGACAAUGCGUUUGCAUAAGAAUGCAGUGCGCAGUGUGGCCUAUCAUUUGCGCUACCCCCUAUUUGCUUCGGCGAGUGAUGAUCAGUCCGUUAUUGUAUCGCAUGGCAUGGUCUAUAAUGAUUUGCUUCAAAAUCCUUUGAUUGUGCCCUUGAAAAAACUCCAGACUCAUGAGAAACGUGAGGAGUUUGGUGUUCUCGAUGUUGCUUGGCACCCUGUGCAGCCUUGGAUAUUUUCAACAGGUGCAGAUGCAACAAUUAGACUUUACACAUAGACUCCAUGUGUAUUCUUAAUGUUUUAAGUAUAUCUUAUCAUAGUUUUUGUGACUUGCUUUAGGUUUUAAAAAUG